AUGACAUCAAAUCUGGUCUGGAUCGACCAAAGUCAAGGGACCACCGAGCAAGCGGCCCAUAUACGAGCACAAGCUGCACGAGAUUGGCGACGGCGACAACGGGAAGAACGUUCCGCUGCUGGUACCGAACAAAGAUCAAAAGGUGGCAAAGUUCUCCCUCGCCUCACAGAUACCAGCAUUGAAGGAGAUGGGCGUCUCAUCUCGAAGCCUAAGACCAAUCCAGAUCAUGGACAUGAGGCUGCAGAAGGCCCAUACCCGGCUCAGUCAGCCCAUCAGGCAUCCGAAGGCGUGGAAUUGGCGAGCAUGAGCGUCGCAGUCACUCGAGGAUCAAAACAGAUAUGUCCUCAGCCGUGGGUUGCAUUUUGUCAGAACGCUCUUCCCAUGUCAAUCGGUCGAUCCGACCUACCGAUAGUCCUCAUGACCAACGUUUUCGCAGAAGGCUAUUUCACAACGGAUGCAUACCGUAUACCUGCAGUGGCAACCAGGCACUUGACAUGGCUGCAGGCAAGAAACCGGUCCAUGGAAGAGGCUAUUUACGCUGUGGGUCUUCUGCAAAUACAGUCUGAACAGCACAAUGAUGACGUUGCACAUCGGGCACGGCGACAUUACGGGUUGCUGCUGAAAUCUUUUCAAAAUGACCUCGAGACACCCGAGAAAGACUUUACGGCUGUUGUCGCAGUCAUCUUGGAAGUUCUUUUGUGCCAGGUUUACACCACCGUCGCCGAGGACACCGUUUCGUGGCCCAUGCAUGUUAUGUGGAUGGUUCGAUUAGUGAAGCAAAGCGGCACCGAGCUUCUGUCAUCUCCUAUAGGUCAUAUACUCUACGAGACCUCAUCUUGUGCAUUCCCUCAUCACCCGACGGCCUUUCAGGCUGAACGUCUCGUACUGGAUGAGCAUAAAAUCUUCCCCCGAGCCUGGUGGCCUGCCGCAGUUACUAUCUAUUGCUGCAAGUCUACCCCGACUGCUCCAGAAGGUGGAUCUCGCUCUUGCUUCAAUUGGGUCUUCAGUUCAACUUACAUCACUGGCAUUUCGACUCCUGGAUCUCGAUCGAAGGUUUACCCGUUGGUUCGAAGAGUACAGCAAGCAAAGCACACGUCGUCUCAAAGAAGGGUCGGUCACAUUCGCUGUCAGCCAAGGGCCAUAGACGAUGUGAAGACUGCUCUUGACUCUGAUCCGGGCCUCGAGGAAUCCAUCUUGCUCCGAGAACGGAACUUCGACGACGAAUCUCGUGCGUGCGCCAACCUUCUCUGCCGAUCCAUGCCAUUCCUUCUUAGGUCUGCUGGUGGAAACGUCUCUCAAUCUGCUUCGGUGAGGCUCUCCAUUUUCUUCGCGCAAGAGUUCUUCGGCAGUAGCGCUGAAUACAAGGCCGAGCUUAAAUGGUGUACUACUGCCGAAAAGCUUUUGCGAGACCAUUUUCCAGCAGUGCACUUUGACGCACUUCUUCCUUGGGGCUUUCUGGCUUUGAUCUGGCAGCCCUUCGAAGCUCCAGAGAUCUUGCGGUCCAAUGACUAA